CCCAUGCGACGUUUCCUUGCUAGAGCGUCCUCGGAAGUUGGCUUUACUACAAGCAUGGAGAAACACAUUGGAUAACGUUGGAAUUGUGUUGAUUUAGACGUUUGUUUCGGAGGGUCUCCUGUCAUGGGGGCAGCUGUUUUUUUCGGCUGCACAUUUAUUGCGUUUGGACCUGCCUUUUCUUUAUUUAUUUUUACUGUUGCAGUUGACCCUUUGCGGGUUAUUAUCCUGGUGGCUGGGGCCUUUUUUUGGCUGGUAUCCGUUCUGUUUUCUUCAUUACUUUGGUUUGUUGGCGUCCAUCUGAGUGACAAGAGCAAUCCGAAUAUUCAGUAUGGACUGUUGGUAUUUGGGGCAACAGCUUCUGUUUUGUUCCAGGAGGUUUCCCGCUUUGCCUGUUACAAGUUACUGAAAAAAGCAGAUGAAGGUCUGGCUGCAAUAAGUGAAGAUGGAAAGUCUCCAGUAUCCCUUCCACAAAUGGCUUAUGUCUCAGGGUUAGCGUUUGGGAUCAUCAGUGGGGCCUUCUCGGCUAUAAACAUUCUGGCAGACUCUUUGGGACCAGGAAUCAUUGGUAUACAUGGUGACUCUCCACAGUAUUUUAUUACCUCGGCAUUUCUGACGAUGGCCGUCAUCUUUUUGCACACUUUUUGGGGAGUCGUUUUCUUUAAUGCUUGUGAGCAGAGGAACUGGUGGGCUGGUAGUGGCGUUGUCAUCACUCACCUUUUGACUUCGGCACUGACCUUUAUGAACCCUUGGUAUGAAUGCAGCCUUGUCACCAUCUAUAUUCUGACCAUUGGAAUGGCUGUAUGGGCCUAUUUCACUGCUGGUGGGUCUCUACACAACUUGCAACUUUGUUUCUUAUGCAAGAGUAAAGUAGAUGAUCGUGUGGUUGUUUAUUCAGCUCUUCAGGGUCCCAUUGAUGACUGAGGCACUAGAAUUCAUAAUUCAACAACUGGAGCAUUCUGGAUAUGCAGAUAUAUUGUAUGCUUCUAAAAGAAAGUGUUUAUGAUCAGGUUAGUUAUCCGUUUAAUUAAGGCAAACCCUAAUAUAGGUGACAUUGAAGAGUCAGCUCUUUUUGCCUGAUGCUUAUUACCCAAGGUUCUCUAAUUCUGUAGAGAUGAAGCAACAAAUAGAAAACACAAUUUUAAUAAUAAACCGGAAUAUCUUGGAUUGCAAAGUGAAAGGAGAUUAGCACAAUGUUUGACAUGGGAAUGUUUUUCUUUUUUUGAAUAUGUUUAAGCGUUUAUACAUUUUCUGAAUAAUGGGGACUCUUGCAUAUCACAAUAUGUCUAAAAAUAAAUAAGUGGCUGCCCAGAAGAAUGAACAGUAAAAAAAGGUCCUAUUUGGAUUUUUUCUAAGCAUAGACUAUGAAGUUGCAGAGGGGUUUUUUUGUGUUAAAACUUCUAACGUUGUAAAACAAAUUUUUCUUUUGGUUUUUUUCACCAGAUUAGUUUACACCUUGGAAAAUUUAGCCUCCUUGUGAUUUUAAGUAUGAUAAUUAAAAUGUUAUGUAUCUGCUUUCCACUGAAAGCAAAUGGGUUAUGUGAAUUAUAGUAAAAUUUUUACCAUCUACAUUUUUUUAGGUGGAAAUGUUUCACUGUAAAGGUAUUGGGUGGUGUGCUUGAUAAAACUAUGCUUUCUUGAACCUAUAAUAAUGGUCAAAAAUACUAAAUCCAGUAAUAUAUUUUUUUGUAUAAAUAAAAAAUAUACCUGCAGAAUCCAGUUUACUGCUCUGUUGUAUCAUUAAUUUCUUCAGUACAUCUGUUAUAAGAUUGUAGGAAAUCCCAUGCAGAUUUAAUUUGUUUUGUAUGCAUUACUGUUUUUGAGGUGCUUGCCUUUUUAAUAAGUUUAUGAAAUGUAGCUGAUUAAUUUUGUUACAUUUUUUUGCUUUAACAACAGGUUUUCAGUCAUUCAUCACUAAAUGCAUGCUUGUAAUUUGCAAUGGUAUUUGGGUUUGUGUUGAAGUGCUGUUUUAUCCAGAGUUGAAUGGGGGCCCCCACAAACUGAAACUGGAUUAAGUGGGUUUGAGAACUAUCCAUUCUCUGCCAUUUGAGUGAUGCUUUUUGUUGACUAAUUAUCUGCAAGUGCUACAUACUUACUGUAAUUCUAAAAAUUGAGUUAAUGAUGAGGUUUUUGUUGCUCUUUCAUAUGUAAAGUUAACGGGUUUAUGCAUUAAUUUAUUGGUGGUUUUUUAAUUUUGCGGUUUUACUUAAAAAUAAUUUAUAGUACAGUGAGCAAAGAAACCCAAAAAUAUCAUUUUAAAAAUAUGUUAAAUGUUAUGAAUACUGAAGGUUAGCAUUACCCUUAAGGUGUUUGGUUUUUAAUCAGGGAAUGUAACCACAAUUUCAGGGGUACAGAUUAUAAGUCUUUUAACAGUGUCAGAUUUUUUUUUUUUUUUAAAUAAGGAAAGAAAAUACUCAGUUAUGGAUCUACAAAAUGUGCAUGAAUAAAAUGACAUCAACAUUGGUAGAGGGCUUUCAAUUUUAUAUUUAUCUGUAGUUAAUACCUGCCUAUUUCAUGUGAAUUCCUAAGAGAUUAAUGCUUUAUAUGAACUUAUGAAACUUAUCAAUAGUUCAGUUUUCAGUUUUUUCAAUUUUGUAAAGUUUUUUAAAAGAAAUUAAUAGUAAAUAUUGAGCCAAAAGUAUUAUGAUUUUAUUUAAAUGAAUACAUAUUUAGCACAGGGUCUGAAGUGGGUCUUGCUCAAUGGAAUUGUUUCCUUGCUAUACUGCAUCUAUGCAUCUGAAUAAGAUAUUUUGAGGGUGGUCACUUUAA